CUCAACAUUUGAGAACCGGUGACGGAUAUACUUUUUCUUUUCACAACUUCACUUAUAAGUCAAACCAUAUUAUUUAUUCUGGUCUCAUGGAUUCUAGAACUUCUGUCUAUCUUGAGUAUCCAUGUGUCAUUUGCAAUGAUGUGCUCAGCCGUCCGCCUGUCCUCCUGAGCCAUAUGCAGCGCAAACAUAACAUAAACCUACCUGCUCGACCAUUCCGUUCCAGGCGUCCCAAGUCAAAUACUUAUCGUUAUGAGUUAGUUAAACCUCCUGCUGCAUCUCCAUGUCUUACUCAUGUUGCUUGCCCCUCUUGUUGGGAACAUACUGACAACCGUCAGCAGCUAUUACAACAUAUUAUGCAAGAACAUCUAGAUUCUGCUAAUUAUUAUGAAUUUAGUCGCCAAAUUCAAAUGACAAAAGGAGAUCCUUUUAGCCAACCAAUACCACAACCAAAUCAACAAGAACACGCCGUUGGUACCCAGGAUCACAGUUUAAAUAGUCAACCUUCUUACGAGCAACAGCAACGGCCAGGGCUUGACGCUCAAAACGAGCAACAACCUCGACAGUCAGGAAAUCAACCCUCCGGUAGUCAGGAUAAUAAUGCUACUGCUAAUGCUUUAAUCUGCGCGUUCGAUGAGUUGGUAAGGGAUCUCAAAAGACUCGUGUUUUCGGCUCCUGCUCCCACUGUCACGGCUUCGACUACUCUUAGCACACUUGCUAGCCGUAAAAAAAGACCAUCUGUUCGUCAAAAGCGUCGUGACUCGUUUGUUAGCUAUGAUACUGAUGGGAUUGACAGUACUGCAGAUUAUUUUCCUACUGCAAGCAGUGUUUCGAGCAGUUCUUCGAAUCUAAGCUUUCGAUGAUUGUUACAAGAAGGGAUCAUUGCUUC